AUGGGACAAACUCGUGCAAUUGUUCAUACUCCAAGUGAUCCAAAUAACAAGUUUGCGGGAGCUGCAAUGGUAGCUAGUAUAUGGAAUCCUUCUGUUGAAGGUCAACAAAGUAGUGUGUGCCGAUUGAAGAUUCAAAAAGGACCGGAUAGUAUGCAAGUUGGUUGGAGAGUGGAUCCAACAUUAUAUGGGAAUAAUCAUACUAAGUUUUUUAUACAUUUCCAAGCUGGAAAUACGUAUUGCUUCAAUACAUUAUGUCCUGGUUUUGUAUUAGUAAACAGUGAGAUAUAUCUUGAUUCUGAAUUCGACCAUAUUUCUCGCCGAGGGGAUGAGACACAAUGGGAGAUUUUUAUGUACAUUGAUCGGGAUCUAGCAAACAGAAACUGGUGGCUUUUAAUUGGAGAAAAUCAGACAGCAGUUGGAUUUUGGCCUCCAGGGAUUUUUACAGCAUUAGCAAACGACUUUGCUACGAAUAUUGAGUGGGGUGGAGUGGCAUAUACUCCGCCAGGUGUACCAUAUCCUCGAAUGGGAACGGGCUUUUUUCCUGCAGUUCCAGAUCCUACACUCGAUGCUUAUUGUAGGGGACUUAUAGUUUUUGAUAAUAAAGGCGAGACGAUAAAUGUAUAA